AUGAGCAAGAAAACUCCAAAGUCGGCAACAAUUUCCACUGCUAAUGCUGCACAUAUUCAAAGCGGCUCUCAGCAGGAAAUCUGGUCUCAACAGCGACGAAAUUUGGAAGUGAACACCAUCAUUUGGCUUGACUUGAACGUUAGUUCCACAACCGAUAAUUUGAAUGCAAAGAUUCGUCUGCGUCAAGCAAUAAAUCACUUUGAAACUUUCGAGGAUAAGCAAAAGUGUAUCGAUCACAUAGUGUCACUUGAAUCAGAGAAAAUAUAUUUUAUCGUAUCUGGCUCGUUAGGCGAAUCUGUUGUGCCACUGAUUCAUGACAAACCACAAAUAGAAUCUAUUUACGUGUUUGGCUUCAAUAAAGCGAAACACGAAGAGUGGGCGAAAGGCUACGAGAAGGUAUGUGCUGUUUCCACGAGUAUCGAUGAUAUCUGUUAUCAACUAACGAAAAAUGUGGCAAUUAGCUCCAAUAAUCUUGUGUCCAUGACCGCUAUGGCACCCAGUGCAAAUGGUAAAGAAAUAAACAAACAAGAAGCAUCAUUCAUGUAUUUCCAAUUACUUGUCAAUAUUUUAACUCAGUUCACUCACAAAGAAUCAACGAAACAAGAACUGAUUGAUUUGUGUCGAAAGGACUAUGCGGGCAAUAACACAGAACUAAAUGUCAUCGAUCAAUUUUAUAAAACGUACUCGAAAGAGCAAGCAAUCGAGUGGUACACGAAAGAAUGCUUUCUCUACCGAAUGCUAAAUAAAGCAUUACGAACACAAGACAUUGACAUGUUAUUCAAGCUCGGCUUUUUCAUCAAAGACCUUUACGACGAGCUUCGCAAUCUUCAAAACUCAUCGACUACCCGUCUCGGAAGAACAACCACUGUCUAUCGUGGACUGGGGAUACCCAACAAGGAGUUCGAAAGUUUACAAAAGAAAGUAGGAGGACUUUUAUCGAUGAACAGCUUCUUGUUAACAAGUGGUCAAGAAGCCGUGGCCAUGCGCUUUGCUCGCAGCUCAUUAGGCAGAUCAGACAUUACGUCAAUUCUGUUUGAAAUGAUCGUUGACACCGACAAAUGUAGACAGCCAUUCUCAAAUAUAAAAACAGGGAGUGGUUCUAGUGAUGAAGAUGAAAUUCUAUUUUCGAUGGGCACCGUGUUUCGGAUUGUCUCCAUCAAGAACCUGAAGUACGAAGACGUUUGGAAUGUUCAGCUAGAACUAAAUGGAGACGAAGACAUCGAGUUAACCGUGUCAACAAACCAUAUAAAGCGUGAACUUGGUGUGUCGAACAACCCGAACAUGUUGGGCAUGUUGCUGAUCAGAAUGGGUGAAAAUGGCAGAGCAGAGCAAUAUUUCCACCAGUUGCUCGAUGGCACCUCGCUAGAUCAAACUGCUCAGGCAUUGGCACACAAUAACCUCGGAACACUUUACCAGAAUCAAGGUGAUUAUGACAAAGCAUUGAAAUCCUAUGAAAAAUCUCUUGAGAUCUAUUUGAUUUCACUUCCACCAAAUCACACCGAUAUCGCAAAAACACACCAUAACAUCGGACUGGUUUAUAAUAAUCAAGGUGAUUACGAGAAAGCAUUCAAAUCUUAUCAAAAAUCUCUUCAAAUUAAAUUGAUUUCACUUCCACCAAAUCACCCUGAUAUCGCAAGAACAUACAAUAACAUCGGAGUGGUUUAUGACAAUCAAGGUGAUUAUGAGAAAGCAUUGAAAUCUUAUGAAAAAGAUCUGGAGAUCUCUUUGACUUCACUUCCACCAAAUCACCCUGAUAUUGCAGCAACAUAUAAUGACAUCGGACUGGUUUAUCACAAUCAAGGUCAUUAUGAGAAAGCAUUGAAAUCUUACGAAAAAUCUCUUCAAAUUAAAUUGAUUUCACUUCCACCAAAUCACCCUGAUAUUGCAGCAACAUACAAUAACAUCGGACGGGUUUAUGCCAAUCAAGGUGAUUAUGAGAAAGCAUUGAAAUCUUAUGAAAAAUGUCUUGAGAUCUAUUUGAUUUCACUUCCACCAAAUCACCUCGAUAUUGCAAAAACACACAAUAACAUCGGACUGGUUUAUAAUAAUCAAGGUGAUUACGAAAAAGCAUUCAAAUCUCAUCACAAAUCUCUUGAAAUUAAAUUGAUUUCACUUCCACCAAAUCACCCUGAUAUUGCAAGAACAUAUAAUAACAUCGGACUUGUCUAUGACAAUCAAGGUGAUUGUGAGAAAGCAUUGAAAUCUUACGAAAAAUCUCUUGAAAUUAAAUUGAUUUCACUUCCACCAAAUCACCCUGAUAUUGCAGCAGCAUACAAUAACAUCGGACGGGUUUAUGCCAAUCAAGGUGAUUAUCAGAAAGCAUUGAAAUCUUGUGAAAAAUGCCUUGAAAGUAAAUUGAUUUCACUUGCACCGAAUCACCCCGAUAUUGCAAGAACAUAUAAUAACAUCGGAAUGGUUUAUGACAAUCAAGGUGAUUGUGAGAAAGCAUUGAAAUCUUACGAAAAAUCUCUUGAAAUUAAAUUGAUUUCACUUCCACCAAAUCAUCUUGAUAUUGCAACAACAUAUAAUGACAUCGGAUCAGCUUAUGGCAGUGAAAGUGAUUAUGAGAAAGCAUUGAAAUCUUAUCACAAAUCUCUUGAAAUUAAAUUGAUUUCACUUGCAUCGAAUCACCCCGAUAUUGCAAGAACAUAUAAUUAUAUCGGACUGGUUUAUGCCAAGCAAGGUGAUUAUGAGAAAGCAUUGAAAUUUUACGAAAAAUCUCUUGAGAUCUAUUUGAUUUCACUUCCACCAAAUCACCUUGAUAUUGCAAGGACAUACAAUGACAUCGGACUGGUUUUUGCUAAUGAAGGUCAUCAUGAGAAAGCAUUGAAAUCUUAUCACAAAUCUCUUGAAAUUAAAUUGAUUUCACUUCCGCCAAAUCACCCCGAUAUUGGAAGAACAUACAAUAACAUCGGACUGGCUUAUGAGAAUCAAGGUGAUUAUGAGAAAGCAUUCAAAUCUUAUGAAAAAUGUCUGGAGAUCUAUUUGAUUUCACUUCCACCAAAUCACACCGAUAUUGCAAGCACAUAUAAUAACAUCGGAUCAGUUUAUGACAAUCAAGGUGAUUAUGAGAAAGCACUGGAAUAUUAUGAAAAGUCGUUUAGUAUGGCACGAAAAACAUUGCCGGAUGCUCAUCCUCUUCGUUGCGCUAUCGAUUCUGCUAUAACGACUGUACAUGAGAAGCUGUCAGAGUAG